AUGCAGGAGAACGAGGAGGCCUUCGAUUCCAUGAGUUAUGAUGCACGCCAGCUGGUGACAUUUUCAGUCUUCCGCAACUUCAGUGGGACGGUUUGGACCAAGCCAUCGUUGUGGAAGAUGAUGGGCAUCCUUUUGAUGAUUGCUUUGACGACUGCCUCGAUUGUGGUCGUUUUCACCAAAGACCCUGCAAAGCUCAAUGUGGGCAGGUUUUCUCGCAUUAGCUCCUUCUUGGAAGUUGUCGUGGGUCUUCUCCUCGGUUUUUUCCUUUCCAGCUCGGUUCAAAGAUGGUACAAUUGCACCAACGGCUUCCUGGAGCUCUUUGAUGCAAUCCGCGGCUUGCACAUGCAACUCAAUGCCGUCGGUGUACCUCGUGACCGCGUGCACUUAUGUCUUCGCUACUGCGUCGUCUCGGCACACUGCCUGGAUCAUGAUCUGAUUGCAUCGGCCAUGUCUCCAGCAGACCGCCGUGCAUACUUGAAGGAGCGGUGGGUCGAGUUGACGUGCGAAGAUGAAAGUGGAGUCGCCUGGAAGGAUCAGACUAAAAGUGUGGCCAAGCUGUUGCCGGCUGAGAAGAAGAUAUUAGAAUCUAUUGAAGAUCCAGCGCAAACUCUCUGGGUGUGGAUCACAUCUCUCCUGACUCGCAUGGCUGCUGAUGGAGAAAUUCCGCCCAUGGCCACUCCCACGUAUGGACGCAUCAUCACCAUCGCGGAGCAGGCUUACACUGGAAUCCGCACAGUGCGUGCAUCGGUUCGAGUUCAGCCGCCGUAUGUCCAUGUUCAAAUGAUGGCGGCGCUUGUUCUGGUGAACAACAUCAUCAAUGCAGUCAGCUUCGGCAUGACUUCCGGAGUGACUUUGAGCACGGUACUUGCCAAUAGCCGCAUGAGCCCUUUCACGCACAAGUCUGCGAAUGCGACCGAGGUGUCACACUCGCUGCAAGACUUGACAAUCGCCUUGGUUCUUGCCACAGUGGGACCCUUUCUGUACCAAGCUCUUCUCGAGGUGGCCGUGUGCAUCGCCCAGCCUUUCGCUAGCGGCGAUUCGAAAUCCCCUGGCCGCAUUCCGACAGAGAAGCUCCUGGGCAACCUGGAGAAGGACUUGAAGGACAUCGAGUUCAUGAGCUCCAGCCUGCCGUGGUGGCAGCAAGCCUAUUUCAAAAAGCCUGAGGUCCGCGUGCUCCGCCGGAUUCUCAAUGUGAAGGUCGCGGCGGGCAUCCGUGCAACAUUUCACCGUGUCUCGGAAGCUGACUCGGAUUGGCAAGAACUCCAAGAAUUUUACGGUGUCGAUGCCGCAUGGAGCCAGGACAAGCUGAAACGUGGCUUGCUCCUUUGGCAGACAAUGAAAGGCAAGACGCAGCCAGAAAGGAUAACUUUAGUUUCCGAGGCAGUUGCCCGGCUAUUCAAUGCCGUCCCUGGAGAUGGCCGGCGCGUUGCCUGGGCUCGGAUGGGCGUUUUCCUCUUCGAGCAUCUUCCGAAGGACAUGCAUGAAACGGUUGGAGCCGGGCAUGAUGGGAGAUCCUCUGGUUUUGGCGCGUCGACGAGGAUCGGAAGUUCUCCCGGAAGAUCAUCUUUCGCGGAUGUGGUUAGCAACGUCGUCUCCCAGAACGGCUCUUCAGCUCAUAGUGUUGCCAGGGUAUUCACUUCAGAUUCCGCGUACUUCAGCUGUGUGGAAAGUGGCCUGGACAGGGAAGUUCUUCGAAAGCGCAUUGGAUUGGAGUUCAAGAUGUUGGAGAUGCUCCCCCGCUUCUUCUUCUUUGUUGUAUGCUUCUGCUUAUUCAUUGCGAUCCAGCAGGUAGAAUACGAGCCGACCAACUUCUCUGGCAUUCAUCUGCGCUUGGCGGACCAUUUCCACUUGGAGACUGUAUUCGGAAUUCGGCAGAUCCCCGAGCUCAUCGAGUACCUCGACACGUUUGUCGUGUCCAAUGCGCAGCUAGAUCCGUUGAAUGUAUACCACUGGUGUGCCGAUGACGAGACGAUCCCACUCCCUGUGAACAGAAUUCGGUGCAAAAGAGAUGAAGGAAGUCUAGAGGACAAAGCCUUCCUUGAUCAUUACAACGUGUACAACAAGCGGAUCCAGGAUGCAGAGAGUGAUGCGUUGAUGAGCAUGGUUCAGGAACUCCGGCAGUUUACCAUGAGCUGCUCGGCCAGGCGGCUGGAAGAGGAGAAAAGCAACUUCACUGGUGUGAAGUCGCCCAAGGACAACUUCAACUCGGCAACUUUGGGGGUCAACUCCACCUUGGUCCAAUACUCUGCUGAAGGUUUGCUGAUGUACCUACAGCAGGAGAGAACUUCAGGCCGAUUGGGCUUCCCAUCGAGGUCCUCCACAAGUGAGAGCACUGUAGGACCCACUUGCUUUCUGGCCGCAGCUGUCGAAGCCUUCGCCCGUCGUUGGCUACGCUUUGGACUGGCCUGGUUAGACGGCAUCCCCAUCCGUGGUCCUUACGGGCUCGAUGGACGCCUGCUUAACAACAGCGAGCUGGACGAGUGCAAUGGACGAUCGAUGAUGAACGAGAACGGAGUGCAGGAAUACCACUAUGUUUGGUCCGUCUCGGAGCCGUUUCUUCCCCAGUGUUUCCGGCUGCGACCUUCCCAGGUAACAUGGAAGGCUUCGACGGGCGACACUUGUCGUGUACAGGGAGAGCCAAGCUUGAGUUUGGAUGCACCCAAAGGGACGUCCAGCAAAGGCGAAUGGGUUCUCCGUUCCCAUGGAUGCCCAGACCAUGUUUAUUUCCACAACCCAACGAAGGUUGCGAGGGUCGCAGAAGUUUUGGACAGUGUGAGCUCACGCUUGCUGUCUUCGGUGAACUCAACAGGAUGCUGUGCAGCCAAUUGCACCGGCUGCUCCAGCUGCUCUAGUUGCUCUGCAGCUCCCAAUACUGCCAGCUGUUCUGGUGCUGGAUCGUGCUCGAGCUGUUCCGCUGGUUGCUCCGUGAGUUGCGACGCCAACAGCUGUUCUGGUGGUGGCCUGUGUACCGGCUGCAACGGCGGAUGCGACGCUGGCAGGUGUGGCACCGGACAGUGUGGAGGUGGUGGCGGUGCACACUGUGAUGCCUGCGGCGCCUGUGGCGCAAGUGCUUCCUGUGGCGCUUGCAGCGCCUGCAGCGCCUGUGGUGCCUGUGGUGCCUGUGGUGCUUGGGGUGCCUGUGGUGCCUGUGGUGCCUGUGGUGCCUGUGGUGCCUGUGGUGCCUGUGGUGCCUGUGCGGCUUGUGGCAUUGUGGACAUUUUCAAUCCGUGCGACGCAGGUUUUGACACUGGGCCACCCAAGCCACCUCCAAAAGCCUUCGUGCGGUACCGUCCCUUCUCCAUGACAGCUGCUUCUGUCGGCUUUCCUUUCAUUUGUCAGUCGCGCAACGUGGAGAAGGAUUGCGAGUCGAACUUCGUGGACAGCUUCAAUGCCCAGGACCCAAACCCCGUCUACCGGGAGCCCCUGAAAGCGCCCCGAAACUCGAGCAUCCUCCGCUGCCGCGGGGAGGAGUACUCCACGGAACCGCAUCUGGGCUACUCCCCAACGAUGCGGGACGGCGUUCCGUACUACUGCGUUUUCGUCUCUGCCGACAUCCUGGCAAAGAUGCGAGAGUUCGAGUGGAUUGACGACCUCACACGUGACGUGUUUGUGGCUAGCUUCAUUUACUUCCCCAAUGCUGACGCCAUCUCGUUGAUGAGGUUGGACUUCUACUUCUCGGAUACAGGUCGAAUCAUUUCAGACAGAAGCAUCAACACGCACAGUGUCUUGCAGGACGCGCCACGCUGGACCACGUACUUGGUCCUCCAGAGCAUCUUCCUCAUCAUAAUCUAUGCUCGGAUAUCAUUCAUCCUGUUCCGCUGCUGGCGAGUGAAGGGGCGACGGCGCAUAACCUACGACUGUUUGCUGACAGUUCUGCUUGGUGCCUAUGGUACCAACGACUUCCUGUACCGAGUUCUCGGUGAGGACACGACCAUGCGGGGUCUGCUUUCUCUGAUCGAUCAGAUCUUGGACGUGGACGAUCCGCAGAGCCGAUCCACUGUCGAGAUGGUCAUAUCAGGGUCCUUCGAGACGUUGAACGUCAUCAAAGAUGCUGUGGCCUACCAGGCCAAGUGG